UGUACAUACCCUCAAGGGAGUUAACUUCAAUAUCUAAGCUUCUUGGCCUAUACUUCAUCCUAAAAUGGUACUAAGAGCUUUCUUCUUCUUCACAAUUUUCUUUUGCAAUAUUAGUAUAAUCACUAGUCAAGCCAUACCAAAAUUCACUUCCAUUCUAGUAUUUGGUGAUUCCACAGUGGAUACUGGUAAUAACAACCACAUACUCACUAUAGCCAAAGGUAAUCAUCCACCAUAUGGUCAAGAUUACCCUAACCAUAUCCCCACGGGCAGAUUUUCCAAUGGAAAAUUAGUGCCAGACAUAUUGGCUAUUUUACUAAAUCUCAAGAAAAAUGGUGUUCCUCCAUACAUGCAGCCAGAUUUACCAACAAAUGAAUUGCUCACUGGAAUUUGCUUUGCAUCAGGUGGGACAGGAUAUGAUGAAUUAACUAGUACUAUUUCUGGAGCAAUUCCAAUGAGGAAGCAGUUAGAUUAUUUCAAGGAAUAUUUGAGGAAAAUUAGAGUUCUUGUAGGAGAAAUUGAAGCUGAAAGAAUAGUGAAUGGUGCUUUGGUUAUUGUUAGUGCUGGGACUAAUGACUUUAUUUUUAAUUUCUAUGAUUUACCCAAAAGAAGGCUUCGGUUCAGCUUGAGUAAGUACCAAGAUUUUUUGCUAGGCAAGCUGCAAAGCUUUGUCAAGGAAUUAUAUGAUCUUGGAUGCCGUAAUAUUAUUGUAAAUGGACUGCCUCCAAUUGGUUGUCUUCCCAUUCAAAUGACAGCAAAAUCUCCACUUCUGAGAACUUGCAUAAAUAAAGAGAAUUUUGAUGCUCAAAUUUAUAAUCAAAAGCUUGAGCAUUUGUUACUUCAAUUGCAAGCGCAUCUUCCUGGAAUUAAAAUCUUAUAUAUAGACUCCUAUGCUUUUGUGUCGGACCUUAUCAACAAUGCACAGGAAUAUGGAUUUGAGGAAACAAAACGAGGGUGUUGUGGAAGUGGAUUAGUUGAAGCAGGACCAUUGUGUACAAGGCUGUCACCAGUGUGUUCAGAUCCCUCACAAUUCAUAUUCUUUGAUAGCAUUCAUCCAACAGAAUCUACAUACUACAAGGCUACUGACUACUUACUCAAGCAACUCCUCCCUAAAUUUGAAAAAUUCUAGUGUUAAGUUAUUUUAUUCAGCUAUUUCUUCAUCAAAAGAAUAAGUAAUAGAGAUCGCCUUGUAACUUUCUUGUUGCUCUAAGUAUCCCCCUUCAAUCUU